CCGCGGGCGCCGCGCGCCUUGGCGCCUGCGCCGCGGCUCCGCGUGGCGACAUAAACAUGGAAAGGGCGGCGGCGCGCCGGGGCGCGAGUGGCGCGGCGCGCGGGCUCUGAGCGCUGCCGGGCUGGGCGCUGCCGCCGCAGUAGCGCGCCGGCGGUGUGGGCAGGCCCGCCCGCCUGGCGGGAGGGGCGGGCCCCAGAGGCGAGGCCGGGCCCGCCGGACCCACGUGUACGCCGCCGAGGAGCCGGCAGCGGCGGGAUGACCAUGUGUUUUCGCGAGCGUGUCAGCGGCGGCGGCCGGGGCAGCGCGUGAGCCUCUCCUGCCGCCCGCUGCUAUGCUGCGGGGCGGCGUGGGGCCCCCGGCGAAGCGGCAGCGCCCCCCGCUUCCCCCCACCUCGCCUCCCCCUCCAUGAGCGCCUCGGCGGCCGCCCCCCCGAGGCUGAUGCCCGGCGGAGCCCCGGAGCAGACGGCCGCCGCUCCCCCCGCCAGCGCCGCCGCCGGGGCCGCGCCGCCCGUGGGGCUCCUCUGCGGCCCCGCCGCCGGGGGCCCGGCGCCCGCCCGCGGCAGCGCCGCGGCCUCGGCGCCCGCUGCCCCGCCGCCGCGUGUGGCGGCCGCCCUUGGCGGGGCGCGGGCGGCGGCGCCGCCGCUGGUGGCUCCCAAGGGGCCGCCUACGGCCACCAUCCAGUUACCGGCCAACUUCCAGCUCCCCCCAGGAACUGUUCUUAUCAGAAGCAGUAAUGGCCAACUAAUGCUAGUAUCUCAACAAGCAAUAGCACGAGCACAGAGUCAGCCACAAAAUAACACAAAUGUAAGACCAUCUGUACCUACCAGCACACCUGCAGUCAGAAUAUGUGCUGUACAGCAUGCUGGCACCCAAUUACUAAAGAAAGUAACAGCCGCUUCUGUGAAAACAUUAUCGCAAACAACAAAUUCUGUGGCUUCUACUGUUCAGCCACCUGCUGUAAUACAGCCAGCAGCUGCAACACCUAGUGUUACUACAGUUACAGCUGUAAAGCCUUUGAGUACUGGAACACCUGUAAAACUUCCAGUUACAGGACCACCUGCACAAGCGAUCUCCCAAAAGGCAGUCUCUGUGAAAGCAGAGGGCACAACAGUAGCACAGACCAACGCUUCUGCAGAAAUGCUAGAGAAUGUGAAGAAAUGCAAAAAUUUUCUUGCUACACUAAUAAAACUGGCAUCUAGUGGACCUCAAGCCCCUGAAAUGGGGCAGAAUGUGAAGAAUCUGGUGCAAAAUCUAUUGGAAGCAAAAAUUGAACCAGAAGAAUUUACAAAAAAGCUAUAUAUAGAACUCAAGUCUUCCCCACAACCAUAUCUAGUUCCUUUUCUCAAGAAAAGCAUGCUUGCCUUACGGCAGCUAAUGCCCAAUGCUCAGAGCUUUAUCCAGCAAUGUAUGCAGCAGCCAGUUCCAACCCAAGAAGCUGUUUCAACUUGUACCUCUGCAGCACCAACUCCUUCUGUAGCAGUGGCAACCUCAGCAGUAGCAACAACUUCUCUUCUAACUGUAAAACCGGUGUCCACCUCUGCAACAGUCGCAGCCUCUGCAGUUAUAAAACCAGUCUUUUCCAGUGCAUCGGUGACAGCCUCUCUGCAAGCUGUGAAACCCAUUCUUGCCUCUGCAGUGGUGACAGCCUCUCUUCAGCCUGCAAGUCCAGUCCUCACCACAACAGUAGCAACGUCAGGGCUCACUGCUAUUCAAACUGUAAAGUCAGUCUUCACUUCUGCAGUAGCAACAUCAUCUCUUCAACCUGUGAAGCCGGUGCUCGUCUCAACUGUGGCAACUUCUGCACCAACCCCUCUGCAGUCUUUGAAACCAGUCAUGGGAACCCCAAUCAGUAUUAAAAUCUCACAGCCGAACUCCAUUGUUGCGCAGUCGGUUGGUACUCAGCAGGUGGUUAAAGUGAAACAGUUGGUAGUCCAGCAACCAUCAGGAACCAUUGUAAAACAAGUAUCCACACUCCCACAACCCUCAACACUGACCUUCCAGACAUCUUCUGAAAAAAGGAUGCCACUGAACACACUUGUUCAAACUAACCAGUUUCCUGCAGGUUCCAUUCUGAAACAAAUUACUCUGCCAGGAAAUAAAAUUCUGUCACUUCAAGCAUCUCCUGUUCAGAAAAAUAAAAUAAAAGAGAAUGGAACAACAUCCUUCAGUAAAGAUGAAGAUGACAUAAAUGAUGUGACUUCUAUGGCUGGGGUCAAUCUUAACGAGGAGAGUGCAUGCAUUUUGGCAACCAAUAGCAAACUCAUUGGUACAGUGAUGCGUUCAUGUGCGGAUGAACCUUUUCUUUCCUCAGAAGCUCUUCAGAAGAAGAUCUUGAACAUAGGUAAAAGGCAUGACAUUAUGGAACUUAACUCUGAUGUUGUGAACUUGAUCUCCCAUGCUACACAGGAGAGAUUACGAGGGCUUCUAGAAAAGCUAACUGUAAUUGCUCAGCACAGACUAUCAACCCAUAAGGGGAGUGAUAAGUACAUCAUAUCUAGUGACACUAGAGCACAGCUGAGAUUUCUUGAAAAGCUUGAUCACCUAGAAAAGCAGCGAAAGGAUGAAGAGGAACGUGAAAUGUUGCUACGAGCAGCUAAGAGUCGCUCCAAUAAAGAAGAUCCAGAGCAACUGCGAUUAAAGCAGAAAGCAAAAGAGGACAAAAAGAUGAUGAUGAAGAACCAGAAAGUACUGUACCAGGAACAAGUGUUGGGUGGACUGAACAAUGGGAUGGAGAAACCUUCAGAUGCAACAGUUGGAGUUAGCACAAAUGCAACAGAGAGAAGCCAACCUCACAGCUUUGGCAGCCAUUGGACCGAGGAAGAAAAGACCUUUGGAUUCAUCAAAUGUUGGGCUGGAGGUAACAAAUGAAGAAAGAGAUUCUUGACCGGAGGAGUUUGUCAUCUAACUUGGGCCUAAAAGCAACAUGAAAAGGAUGAGCUAUAUCCCUCUGUGUUUACUGCUCAUGCAUUACACUCGGCCAGCAUGAAGGACAAAUCCAUGAAGAUCACGUAACGAAAAAAUAAGGCUAAUGCUCUAGGCCUAGGAAGAAAUAGCGCUAUGUUGGGAAUUCUUUCUCCCUUCUUACGAGGUACUAGUUGGGGUAGUUUUGCUUUUCCUCUUUACUGCAAUUUAACAUUUGAAUGUUAUUGUUCAGAAAGAGUAGUUUGAAAAAGACCCGGUAAGAAAACCCCUCUAUUGUAAAAAUGUGCUAAUUGGUGCUGCUUGUUUUGCAGAGGUGUUAAUAUCUUCAUCUCUCUGAUUCUGGUACCCUUGAACACUUCUGGAUACAAUCAGUAGGAGAGGCCUUUACAUUUGAUUCAUACGUGUUUUUGGUUUUAUGUAUUUGUUACCAACCUUUCUUCCCCCUUGUUUUGGGGCAUGUGGUCAAUACUGAUGAAUUAGAGGAUGGGAAAACUUGGUAAAAUAACUCUCCUUGAAAAAAGGGAGAACACUUUUUUUUCAAAGAGAAAUCAGAAAAACUAAACUAGAAGCCACAGACCUAUAUCCCUGAUUCUGUGUUGUGCUUCACAGUUCUUCUUGGUAAGAUGAUGUUUUCAGUGCUGAGAAACAGCCAAGGAUUAUUUUUGAUUAAGUUUUGCUUUCUUUCUGAUGACAAAACCAUUUUGGAAUUGGUUUUGUCUAGUUCUCACUGCAACUGGAGUUUUAAGUUUGAAAUUGCUUGCAGUUGAUUUAAAGCUUUUUUUUCUGUACUGUUCUGAGUAUCUCAAUUUUUUUCCCCCUUAUCCAGAGGUGUUCUGGCUCCCAGCUCUAGCAGUAUAUUUGUGCAGUGUCACACAACAGGGAAGAAGAAAGUCUAUCUGCAUUUUUGAAAAUAGAAUUAGCAGACUAAAUCUUAAUUUUAUGGUUGACUUCUGAAGACUGUAGUUAGACCAUUUUUCUACUUUAUACAGGGAAACUUAAUUGGAUGUCUGCACUUCUAUGUAAUCUUUUUGGAGAGAGAGUUUUCAGGCUCUGUGAUAACAUGUUAACCAUUUGGAAGUGAUGCGAUCUGUCUUGUUCCAAAGUGCUGUUGAUGGCAUCUUUCACUUGCCUUCUUCUAGGUUGAUCGCGUUGACUGACUUAAUGUGCACAGGUUAAUCUCCUGUCUUUUCGUACUUUUUGCAUGAUUCAGCAGGCUGAAGAGGAAAGUUCCUUCUGGAUAUUGUGUGUGGCUGUUCUGUCUGUAGCCAAGACUGGCUGCUUUGUUAGUAAGUGUGGGUCUUCUUGCCUUGUCACCUACAGUCUGGCUCAGCUGUGGAAAUGUAGGCUACUAUGAAUAUAAUUUUACAAACACGUACUUAGCCCUUCCCUUGGUGGUGUCAAAGAUCUUCAUGUGUGGGUAAAUGUGGCUGUGCUGGGGAGAGGUGUCAGAACUGGAGGUGCAUCAGGCAGCUGUAUCUAUGUGCUGCCUCUCACUGUCACAGUAGUCACCAUUGCAGUGAUGAGGAAGGUAGUGUCUAAAGCACUUCUCAGGAUGCUGCCCUCUGCUCUGCAGUCUGUGUGGUGCCAAACACCAUGCAGUUGCUGCAGAAGUAAAUGGUGUAGCUGGUAUCCUGAGGUCAGUGCAUAGCUAUUCAAAGACUUUCUCUUCUGUAAAACUUCUAGCUCUGGUCAAUGUGUGUAAAAUGAUGUGACACCUGAAGGGUGAUGUACAGCUUCUAAUAGAACACUUCCCAAAUAAGCUUGUAUUUCCUUCUGGGAAGUACUUAGGCAAAAGGAAAUGGGAGAAAUAUCUUGUUUUCUACACUAGUCAGUUCCAUUUUAAUACUGAUUGUGGGUGGAGAAAACUAGCAGACUUUUUCCUUCACUUUCAGGUCGAGGCCUCUGCAGUAUCUGGUCGUCGACAGCAGACCUUAAAUUCCACCUUCUUGCUUUAUGGCUUAGGAUGCCAAUAUGCAUGUUGAUGAAAUGUUCUGUGUAUGUUGCAUGUUAAACCUUUGGAAGUGCUUUUCAGGCGGACCUAUGAAAAGCUAAACAUUAGAGCAAGAAGUCCUUUCCUGCAAAGUGAACAAAGAAAACCCCUGAGUUUUCCGGAUGACUGGGAAGAGAUAUAUUCUGUUCUCCCCCUUUGUGCUGAUCAAAUAACUUUGAUUUUUUGGCAUUUGGUGAGAGAUGUGUGGCAAUUAAGGUGUGUGUGGGUUUACACUCUUUUAAAUGAUAGCUGUAGAAGCUAUUGGCACCUCUUUGACCAUAAUCUCUUCUAGAGAGUCUUUCUGUGUGAGAAUGCACUAGCAUAAAUUCAUAAGCUUCAGUAUUGGUGUUAAGGAUGUGGCUGUGUUUAAACCUGAAUUAAACUUAGAACUUGGCUCUGUUGAGAAUGGCAAUAGGUUUGUUGCCACAUGUAUAUCUGUGGGGUACAGAGAGGCUUCCAGCUGAUUUGCCUGCCUGGUGCUUGCCAGUGUUCAUUGGUACAUGGUUGUGUGCUAAAGUAUUUUCUCAAAAAUGGCAGAAAUUGAGUUUGAAAGCAACCACUUUAAAUGGACCUAGACUAUUUGCAUGUAUCUAGGUGUUAAGAGCCAGGGUGCUAAAUCUAUUUCUACACUUGAGGGAUUUCUUCCUGCCACUACUCCCCCUAUUCCUUCCCAGCCCCUUUUGAGACUUAGGUCAAAAGUGAUAUGAGGGUUUUUUUUUCCCUUUGCAUAUGCUUAACAUAUGCAGACCCUUAAUUUCAGUUUCUAGUUCUUCUCUAAGCUAUUGGACAAUUGAAGAAUUUACAGGGUAGUCAUACCUUUUGGGAAAAGGGAAGUUAGAAGUGUGCUGUAAUUAUAAAAGAUAGCUUCAGCAUCUUUAUCUGCCGCAAGACCUAAGCACAUCCUGUCAGCUACAGACAGAGUUUCAGUUUCAGCUCUGAGUUUCCUGGCUGCUGUCAGUCUAGGCCAUACCCUUGAUGUGAUUUUUUUCCCACAUAAAUAGGCUAAAAUAUUCUUGACUGCCAUUCAUAUACUUCAGAUGCACCGUUCAUUGGCCCAUAUCGUGCUUUCUCUGUGCUAGAGAUGAACUUAAUUCGUCUUAUGUGUGAAAGAUAUCUGCAAUUUAAAUGACUAAUUGCACUGUAGCUUUAGGCUGAACAUAUUGGUAGCACACAAAUGUAGAUGACAUGUGAAGGGUCAAGAGAUUUAUAAUUUAGUUGACAAUACAUUGCUUAAAAUGAUGUGGCAAAGAGCCAGAAAAUUUCAGCUUAAUAAUCGUCUAUUAACUAACAUGACAUAUUUGUAUAGUAUUUGUUACCUCCAGGUACAGAUUAAGCAUCUGAUGUAGCCAUACAAAGUGACAUGUGUAUAUGAAUCUUGAGCAUAAUAGUGAAUAAACUGACAUUACAUUUGCAGUAAUUUGUUUCAAUAUGUAAAACAUUUUUGUUGCCUACAUUUGAGAGGACUUGCAGGAAUGUUGCAAUGAAAUCUGAGGAAGAAAAUGUGUAGUUGAGUAACAUUAUUAUAUAUAUUCAACAGCUUAGUGAGGCUGCUUUGUAGACUACAGAUAACAUCAUAAAUAUACAUAUUUGUUUUCAGCUGCAUGAGAAACAGUCUGGAAAUAGAGAUCUAAGCCUUUCAGAUGUCAACUUGAUCUAUCCUAAUGGUCUACAACAGAUUUAAAAAAAAAAAAAAAAAGAGGGGGAAGCUUUGUUUUUUUUAAAAAAAAUCAUAUUUAUAUAAACAUUCUGAAUAAUGUAGUAUUUUAGUACUAUGAAUGUGGGAGUAUAUUCCAACAGACUGAGGCUUGUUAGAAUAGGCAGCAUCACAAGUCUGGCUUGUCACCAAGGUAGUAUCAACUUCUUUCACUUUGUUUUCUCUGGGCUGUAUUAUGCACUUACUUCUUCAUAUAAGCACAAAUUUCACAAUUCUGGCAGGUUAUCUUUCAUUCCCCUUGUUGCCAGAUAAGAUCCAGGAAAGUGUCUUGAGCACUUCACAAUGCAUUAAUGGAUUUUUACUACUUUUUCCUCUUAUGAGGCAGUGUCUUCUACAUUUUACAGCUGGGAAACUAGUGUACAGGAUACAUUAGGUACAUAGACAUCAAUGUGGCCACAGGUGAUGGAGCUGGGAGUUGGAUCUCAAUGUGAGUAUCUGUUCUGAUGUUCUUACCACCUUCUGACAAAGUCCCUACUGCAAACAGUUGUAAUUUUUCAGCAUUUUGAAAUGUCAUUGAAAACUAUCUCAUGACUUUGCUUCCUUUUUCUGGUAAUAUUUUUAUAAUGCACAGCAGAGCUGCAAUGAUGGUUUGCUCUCUUGGGAUCUUAGCUCUGAGACUUGGAAGUAUUUAUGCCAUGCCAAAAAUUAAAAUGAGAACUAUUGACUCUACUUUUAACAUUUGAUUGAACAGUUUGCUCCCUUAAAAUGCUCCACAGAAAAUAGGAUUAGGAGUUUAAAAUUUUAAAUGUAAUUGGUGUGAAGCCAUUGAAUUUGAGAAGGGAAUACAUAUUCUGCCAGGAAUAGCUCACUGGGGGCCUGCCCCAUACUUGUGGGAAGGAAGGCUUAUGCUGGCCUCAGUGAGCUUUGUAUCAUGUCCUAUAUAAUAUCUCUGAGCAAUUUUGAUAUUCUUGUCAGUAAUUAAAACUCUUAGAUUAUAUGCUUCAAAUUCUUUGGAGACUAGAAAUAAGACUAUGAUGGUGGUUCAGGUAAAGGAAAAGAUUUGUCAUGCAAGGCUUGCUACCUUAAGUUCAUGAUAACACUUUCAUCUCAGGUUCUUCUCUCUUGCCUUUUGUGAGAGAAUCAGUAUUUAAUUCUUGGUCCAGCCGCUGGAGAGAGCUGUAAAGAUCUUCAAAGACAGGUUUAGGAAACAACCUCCCAACAACACUAGAUGCAAAACAGAUGUGAGACUCAUGCUAGAGUCCUGCAGUAUGUUCUGUUGUCAAAAAUCAGUAUAGUGAGAGUUCCUGAUUUUUAAUGGGAAUACAUAAAAGGCUGUGAGGAUCAAGAAAGAGAGAUGGAGUUUUUGAUUUGAUAAAGUUGCUGAUUUGUUUUGAUGCCAGAGAUGUGCCAAAAGCAUGAUCACAGCUCAUGUAACCUUAUGGUGCUAGUCUUAAGCCAACUAGCCUGGGUACUCUGAAGGGUAGUUUCCAGUGGUGCAUAGCCCAGUUGCCACAGUACCUCACCUGGGCUUACAGACGGGCUUGUAAGCGAUACUGAAACUGUUGCUGCUGGCUGUAGCACUGCUGUUGAUGCCCAGGUCAGCUGGUGGGUACCGCUCUCGUGCUGCCUGUCUGUGAUUGUGUAGUCCUAGUGUUGGGAUGAAAAUGGGGUGCUGGGCCAUGUCUUUGUUCCAGAGGAAUUCAGUGAAAGGCAGUAACUCCUUGGGUUGACUGACUUUUCUGCCUUCCCUAUGGAGGAGAAAAGGGAUUUUUCUCAAAAAACAAAGAAACUGCUUGUUUAACAGCUAAGGCACUGAUUUUUGCUUGUAGCAGAAGGUGGCUGCAGCUUGGUAUCCUUUGCUAGAAUUUGUUAUAUAGGGGUGUCUUUGUUUAUCUUUGUACUUGUGACCUGGCUGAAAAGAGGCAGUUUUCAGUUUCCUUUGGAAGAGGAUCACUAAGCUGUCUUAAGAUACACUGAAGAUUUUAUGGCAGCGAAGAAUGCCCCAAAAUAGCAAGACACAAGCCUUUACUGCCCCACUGGAGGGAACAUAAUGGAGAUGUCUGGGAGCAAGGCAUAGGCAGGUGGUAGUGGGCUGGUGUUAUUCUUACCAAGUACUGAGUAAGGUCUGAAAAGCAGGGUUGGAGGAGCUUUUGUGCAGGAAGGGGUAUAUGAGAGGGAAGGGAAAGAACUGCUGACUGUUGCCUAGGGCCAGACAAAAUGUACCUGCUGAUCAACAGGAACUUACUCAAGAGGAGGCUUCUGAGAACUGAACACUGGAGGAUCCUCCCCUGAAGUGUUCCUUGUGUGAGCUGAAGAGCUCAGAGUUAGGCGCUUUUUAACUUGACUCUUGCAUAUUGACAGAGGCACAUGUGUGAUGGUUGAUUUUGAGGUACAGAUGGUUCAGGAACAUCGAAUGUUCUUAGUUCCUUAAAUCUUUUAUUAAAAAAGAAGGCAGGUAGUAGAUCUCCCACCACUGUUUGUUACAAAAUCCAAAAUAAAACCAUAAAAGACCAAUGCUUUGCAACUGUGUGGGAAAGGGGCUAAAAGGAGCUAGUGCUAAUCCCUGUAUAAACUUUGUUCUGACAUACACGCACGAGGCUUUGUGCAACCUGGUAUAUGGUGUCGGAUAAGUUCCCCAGCAAGAUGAAGUCUUUCUGUAGUCCCGAUCUGGACCAGAAUGACCUAGUCUGCUGUCUUUCUUUGUUUUAAACCAUCUUGCACUUGGAGAGAAGGACCUUUUCUUUUAACUUAGAUGUGGUAGUGACUGUUGGUUCAGUAGCUAAUUGAAUACUACAUUUCAGAGGUUCUUCAGUAGCUGUGAUACACUUGUGUGGUGCUGUGUGAAACUCAAAAUAUGACGUGGCUGUCCUAGUGAACAGAAGUUCAGUAUAAGCUUUGGCCUUGGAAAUGAUUUUUACAGGAUAACAGUAUUCCAUGUCUCUGCGCUGGGCAUGACAAGUAAGAAUUUAAAACUAAGCAAAUCUGUAACUCUCUCAAACGCCAGCAGCUUGGAGUUUCCGCUUUGUUGUAACAUCUUGCAGAUCUGAUAGCUUCCAAAGCAGGCUCAGGGAUUUGUGAUGUCUGCCUGAUUUUUGUAAGGGAGUGAACAAGAUUGAGAUAGUUUUUUGUUUUGUGUCUUUUUAAAGGUAAGACUUCUCAUCUAGUGACUAUUUAGAGAGAAAAUACUUUCACCUCCAUAAAGUUCUUUGAAUUAUAAAGGACAUUGCUGUUGGGUUACUGAAAACCCUUGGGGUUUGUUUCAUUUAUAACAUUGCCUCAGGCCUUCUGCUGCAUCCUGUUGGAUUGACCUCCUUUUCAACCCUGUGCUGGCAGCUGCAUUGCAGAGCUAUCUUUUCCCUGGAUCCUUCAGGGUUGUCAUAUGACAAACUUGAACUGUGACCCUUUUGUGUUCUUACCAGGACAGCAGUGCCCUCUCUGCACUAUGUGGCCAGCAGUCUUCCCCAUGCACACAUUUGUUCCAAGCCAUUUAACAAACUGAAAGUUUCAAAUGAUGGCAUUUCAUAAUGUUUAAUAGUAUCGACUGUAAAGCAAAUGAAAUGAUGCUGAAUACCCUGCAUGCUGCUAGUAAGAAAUACAGCUUCCAUUUCUGCUAUAUGCCCUGGCUUUUCUGUGGCUAGUGUGCUAUCUGGUGAAUCUUUUUUAUUUUUAAUGAAUUUCAAUGCUUUCCCCCCUAACAACACUAGUACUCACUGCUAUAGACUGGUAUUUGUUUCUAAUAUAUGGGUUUUUUCUCUAGCCUUGAUUUCUCUAAGCAAAGUGGGCAAAGUCAUUUUGCUGAAGUCUUGCAGAGUGUGUUAGGGCAAGAACUGAUAUAGUUAACACAGCAUCCAAGCAACACCAUCUCCAAGUGGUGUUGAUGCUGGCAGGCAUUGCCUUGCUGAAGUUACAGAGACUGAGCACUCGUAUUUGUACAAAUUGCAUUCAUUACCAAGAACCCUCCAGUAGUGAUAAGAGACUGGCUGUGUAGCAUAGACUGGCUCCAAGAUAAGUAGCCAGUCUAUUGUGCAGCUCAUGAUAAUCUUCCUCCUCCCCACCCCUAAUAAUAAAUCUCAGGGCAUUUUGGAAUGCAUGGGGGUUGCUCAUUCCAAUAGCCUGAAUGUAUAACUACUAAACAUCAUCAUCUCUCCACCAAUUGUGCUUUCAUAACCAAGUAAGGCAGCUGACUGAGAUGGAUAGGCUUAAGUAUAAUGUUCUAAAAACACAGAUGCUCUGACUUUUUGUAUUUGCUCCCUUAAAAAAAGGACUAUUCACAAAUGAUGGCUGGGGCAAGAGUGUGCUGUUUCUUCUGGCCAUGUUUUAAGGCUAGAGCUUGUUCUCAGUGACAGUUUUCUUCAAGAAGAGAUGCGAACAUCUGGAGCCUUGGGUGUUUGCAAAUGGAAGUAAGCCUUGUACAGCCUGGGCCUCUGCGUAGAAACUGUGGUAGUACUUUCACAGUUAGCCUGUUGUUUGCCUGUGCAAGUAUUUACAUGGUAUGACUUCAGUGAAACUGCAGUUAUUUAUCAUACCAUAAUGUAGUUAGAAAUAAAAAUUCUUUUUACUUAGAAUUUUUUUCAUUCCUUUGACUGGAAUAAACUAUUUCACUGGCAGAUACUUGCUUUGUCUUUUAAAGUAUCCAAUGUACAUGGAAUUCUGGAUUGCUGGUUUGUAACAUAUGUAAAGUGAAUGUCAGCAGGCAGUACAAUCCAACGAGUUUGAUUAAAAACUUAAAUUGACAUAAUAUUAACUUUUUUCCUCUCUCACCACCCUUCCCUCCCCC